AUUCUAAAAUUUUGAUUAUCAUUUUGCUCUCUAUAUUUUCAAGUUCAGCUUCGGCAAUAAAUCAUGAUAUUCCCAAAUGUAAUGGGAUAAUAACUUUCGAUAAACCCAUUGAUCCAUCAUCUGGAGUCGACUACCCUCCAUUUUACAAUCAUUCAAAUGUUCCGCUGUUUCCAGAUAAUUACGAUUGUGACUACCAAAUUAACGUUCCAAGUGACUGGUUUGUUCGGAUUUUCUUAUAUGUUGAAAUGGGAAAUAAGAAUACAACGGCGCCAUUACUUGGUACAAAUAUGAUAUCCAGAAACCGUAUCACCUAAAAGUAUUUGAGACGAGCGCCCAACCAGUAGUAUUUAGAGACCAUGACUACCAGCCAGUUCAAGUGAAAGCAGAUACGCGUGUCUCUAUGCUUAUUACGCCUCCUCAAGCAAUAUUUUGGAGACAAUAUUAUCGUGGAAUAAUAAUAUUGGACGGUCUCAGCUGGAACUCUACUUCACUUGUCACUGGUCUUCAACUUUCGGAAAGCAACAAUCAAAUUGUGUCCGGUGGUCAAUACUUGUCAGUUGUGAUGCUCGGCAAAUACACGGGACCAUGUUUACUUGUAUUCCAAGAUUAUGAAAACACGAGAAAUAUAACAACUUUUCAAAUUAGUGAUCGGUCAUACUUUGCGUCACUUAACACGUUCUUCUUAAAUUCAACAACUGGUACAGAAGCUUUACUUGCAGUUAGUGCUUAUGUGGGUCAAUACGACUACAUAACAGGUUUGGAAGGAUCUUCAGGAAAGUUGAACGUGUUUAUGGGAGGUGUUACAAAGAACAAUACUAAUCUAGCUGCUACAUUAUUCACUCCAAAUUGCAACACCUACUUACCUCAAAAAUUCACUGGUCCCGUCAAAACAUUUGUGUUGACUGAAGGAACAGCAUUACUGAACAUGUCAACUUAUUAUAAUGAUAAUUCAAACACCGCUUUAAUUGGUAGAAAGGGAUAUGUUGUCUCCAACUUCUAUGGGACACCUAGCAAUCAACAGGACGCAUUUAUGGUUAUAGACGCACGAAAUGUUUCAUAUGAUGUUAAAUUCCGGAUUGAAAUUAAGUUUGCUGAUUUAAAUGACACCGCUCAAUUGAGCAUCCAGGGAUGGAAAAAUAGAAAAAUAGUCUCUAAUACAACCUACACUGCUUCAAAUCGUCCAUUUAUCAAUUUGAUCUAUGAAGUUUAUGGUGACAGUAUGGGAGUUUAUUAUAGCUCGUAUGGAUCUACUACGAAAGGUCUUCUUAUGGAAUAUGAAGUUGUCAAAUCCACUGAUACCGCCUCUAAUAUUUUAUUUGUAAUUGUCAUCUGUGCGAAAAUUUGGAUGACUUAG